GCUUUGAAAAACCAAAACAAACACAAGACCUUUCGUCUGUCUGUCUCGAGCAGUACAGAACGAGAAAUUGACAAAUAAACAACCUCCCAACUAUUGACCGGUAAGCAGAGUCACGUACGAAGCAGAAGAAAAACAUGGCCACAGCAGCCAAUCUCGUUCUCGGUCUGGAUUUAGGAACUACUUCUGUUAAAGUCAGCGUUGUAGAUAUCCAUUCACGCAAAGUGGUAGCCAAGCAAAGCAAGGACACACAGGCCGGCGAAGGAGCCGAACAAGAUGUUUCGAAAAUCAUAUCGGCCGUUCAUAAUUGCAUCGGUCGGAUUCCUAGAGAUUUGCUCAAGAAUGUUACAAAGAUCGGCGUCUGUGGACAAAUGCAUGGUGUUGUGCUUUGGAAUAAGGAAACCGCUUGGACCACAUCAAGCAGUGAUCGCUUUGAAUUGGGUAAGGGUCCGUUUAGCUCACUGUACACUUGGCAAGAUUCUAGGUGCUCCUUGGAAUUCCUCAGCGAAGUUCCCAAACCAGACUCCCAUUUGAGAAUUGCAUCAGGAUAUGGAUGUGCCACACUUUUAUGGAAGCUGAGAAAUGAGCCAGAAGAGCUUUCGCUUUACAGCUGUGCAGGGACCAUCCAAGACUUUCUUGUCUCCAUGCUUUGUGACCUCGACUGCCCUGUCAUGUCCAUUCAAAAUGCUGCCAGUUGGGGUUACUUCAACACUCAAGACAAGACGUGGAAUCUAGACAUCUUGAAAACUGUCGACUUCCCCAUCCAUCUUCUCCCGAAAGUAAUGGAUAGCGGAUCCGUGGCGGGUACCUUGUCGAAAACCUGGUGCGGCAUCCCGCGUGGAACGCAAGUGCUUACCGCCUUGGGGGACAUGCAGUGCUCCGUGUUAUCCACCCUUGCUAACGAGAUUGCAUGCACGGCCGUGUUAAACAUCUCGACAUCUGCUCAACUUUCUUUUCGCAUGCCGGCCGACUUCACUCUGCCGGACACGCAAUCAUCUAUCGAAUAUUUCCCGUAUUUUGACAACCGCUAUCUGGCCGUCGCUGCUUCGUUGAACGGGGGCAACGUCAUGGCUUCUUUCGUUCGGAUGCUGCAGUCCUGGAUGCAGGAUUUGGGCUUCGGGGUUCCGCAGAGCUUGAUUUGGGAUAAAAUGCUGACCCUGGUGAAGCAAUCAAAUUCAACUGAACAAGCCAUGACCAUCAUUCCGACCCUUUUUGGCGAACGUCAUCUAUCCAGGUUGCCCGCCGCCGAAGUAUCCAACAUAAAUUCGGGAAAUAUUAGUCUCGGCAAUGUGGCGAAAGCAUUAUUUGAGGGACUCAUCACCAACUUGCACAACAUGAUGUCCACCACUCUGCUGGAACAGUACGGAGUUACCCAGUUGGUUGGAACCGGAUCUGCCCUUAGUCGAAACCAACCUCUUCAACAGCAAGUUGCCGUUCAAUAUAAAAACAUUCCAUUUAAAACCGUGCAAGAAGGAGAUGCAUCUUACGGAGCAGCUCUGGCCGCUUUAAAUACUCCACGAACGCCCACGGAUUGAUAAAACUAAAUCAAUAUUUUCUAUAGUCGUUUACCAGCAUACGUACUUGCCAUUAUUUGCCAAACAAAUUAUCAACAUUUUAUUAUUAGAAUAUUGCAACGCAAAUAAGCUUGCCUUUUAAGUCAUUUUAGAGACGCAACUUUACAACUUUUGUCAGUUCACCACUGGAUUUUCCACAUCUAUUAAUCUAUAAUUCUAUAGUAUUGUUUUUUAAAUUUUAUUUCAAAUUAUUUUAAUGUUUUUGUGCUUUGUACAAUUCUUUUCUCUUAAAAUAAAUGAUCCACUCUUGCCUA